CUUGUGCUCCGCUUUUGUCAAAGAGAAAGAAGACAACAAUUUAUCAAAUAAGGAAAAAGCAUGGAUGAACGUGCUGCAGAGAAAGCUCCAUGACUAAACCUUCCUCGCUGGAUGGGCGCUGCUUCUGAAAGGCUUUCUGAAAGUGAAGAGGGAAAGCUUUCACACACCCAGUUAGCAGGGUACCUGAAAAGAGGAUUUUCUUUAUCGACUUCUAUACAACGAGCAUAAGCUAUACGGAUAGUUAAAAAUCAUCCAAAGGAUUUCUGGAUUUUUUUCCUCCUCUGCAUCAUGGAAGUGUAAUGUUCUGUCUUUCUAAUAUCAUCAAAGACACCAGCCAAGUUUCAGCUCAAAUCUCAAUUUAGAAGGCUUCACGUGGACACGGGAACAGAUAAGACAGACAACAAGCAAGCCUUGUGUAUCUUUCGUCAUCUGUCAUCCUACAUGCAGCUCCCAGCAUAGCGUUAUUGAAAAGGAGGAGUCCAUUAAAGCAUUUGAUAGAUAGGAAGGUUUGGUCUGAAGGUGUUGUUGCCGGCUGGCUUCUGGCUGGAGAUGAGAUAAGAGCGUUGGGAAGAGAGAAAAAGGAGUGCCAAGCUGACAGGAGCUGAAUACAAAUUAGGAUUCCUCUCUCCAGCAGCUACACCAGUGAGGCGAAUCAAUAUUAGAGAGGCUAAAUGGACAUAUUAGCCGGCUUCAAUUACAGAAACAUUAGUUGUGGAUGAAACUAGAUGAUUGCUAUAUGGUUGAUAUGAAAUUGCAACACAAGGGAUAUUGCAAUGUGAAAUUAGUUGCAUAAAAGACAAGCUUAAGCAUUUUCUUCAGCCCAAACCAAAAAUGCCACGCCACUGUACAGUCGUUUUCAGUGCCAUGACUGAACUGAUGUAAUGAGGCUGGUUUGAACCUUGGAAAAAAAGAAGGUUUAAAAGAAGCGGAGGCGAGAUGGAGCUGGGUAACAGCUCACUGGACUACUUUACCAGUAACUUCACAGAGAUUCCUGUCACCAUUACAACUCCACCCUGGAGUGAGGCGACGAUUCUCGGUUUCCAGAUCUCCCUCUCAGCCGUGUUAGCUCUUGUCACCUUGGCUACCGUUCUCUCAAACGCCUUCGUCAUCGCCACCAUUUUUCUAACCAGGAAGCUCCACACACCUGCCAACUUCCUGAUCGGCUCCCUCGCCGUCACAGACCUGCUGGUGUCUAUUCUAGUCAUGCCAAUCAGCAUCGUCUACACUGUCAGCAAGACGUGGUCGCUGGGGCAGAUUGUUUGUGACAUCUGGCUGUCAUCUGACAUCACCUUCUGCACGGCCUCCAUCUUGCACCUGUGUGUGAUUGCAUUGGACCGCUACUGGGCCAUCACAGACGCACUAGAAUACUCAAAACGCCGCACCAUGCGCCGGGCUGCGAUCAUGAUUGGGGUAGUGUGGGUGAUCUCCAUAUCUAUUUCCAUGCCUCCACUUUUCUGGCGGCAGGCCAAAGCCCAGGAGGAGCUCACAGAGUGCCUGGUGAAUACAGAUCAGCUCUCUUACACUCUAUACUCCACCUUUGGCGCCUUCUACGUUCCCACGGUGCUUCUCAUCAUCCUCUACGGACGAAUCUAUGUUGCAGCCCGCUCCCGCAUCUUUAAAACGCCGUCGUCUUCUGGGAAACGUUUCACCACAGCACAGCUCAUCCAGACCUCUGCAGGCUCCUCUCUCUGUUCUCUAAAUUCUGCCUCCAACCAGGAAGCCCACCUACACUCUGGCAAUGUGGGAGGUGGGGGGGGUUCACCUCUGUUCAUGAAUAGUGUGAAAGUGAAGCUGGCAGACAGCGUGCUGGAGAGGAAACGUCUGUGUGCGGCUCGGGAGAGGAAAGCGACCAAGACACUGGGCAUCAUCCUGGGCGCUUUCAUUAUUUGUUGGCUCCCGUUCUUUGUGGGCACGCUGGUCAUGGCCAUAUGUAAAGAUUGCUGGUUUGAUCCAGUGCUCUUUGAUGUAUUUACCUGGCUGGGAUACCUGAACUCUCUCAUCAAUCCUGUUAUCUACACCGUUUUCAACGAUGAAUUCAAACAAGCUUUCCAAAAACUCAUGAAAUGCAGACGCUUCUCUUGAAAAUAACUGAUUAAAACUGUUAAAGAGGGAGUGAAAAAGAGGACAAAGAAGCAAGAUAAUAACUAUAUUGGAAGAACUGUGUAUACUUAAAUGUCCCAUCUUGUGUUUUUUAUAUCAAACAGCUCUGUGCCAUAGCUCUUUAGAUACCUAAAGCAUAUCCUUCACAUAGGCUUAAUCAUGCAUGCUAUAAAAAGGAAUUCUUGAUCCCGAAGAAUUGUGGAACUCUUCUUGAAAGACAAAGAAAGAGGAUUUCAAGGCCAUUUAAAUGUCACUGGGACACUUGUGUUAUUUAUUUGACAAAGGCAGAGAAAACAAGGAUUGAUAUGACAGUGUGGGAUGAGGGAACUCAGAAGGACUGGAUUUAAUCCAUCGGAAAUGAAAAGCCAUGAAAUAUAUGUUGUCUUAAUCUCUGUGUCCUUCUGUGCUGCUGCUCCCAUAUAAUGUCUCUGUGGUACAGUAAAGUACUUAGAAAAGACUGCAAAACUCUAGAGAUUCAGUAUAUGUUGCCAUAUUCAGUAUGCAAUUAUAUUUGAAGUGAUGUGUGUAUGUAUGUGUGUGGGUGUGUGUGUGUACUGUAUGUGUGGGUACAGGUAGUUACUUUACUGUAAUAUAUGCGUGUUUGAAGAAGGGAGGCUUGUCAAGUGUCUGACAUUUAUACAUGCUAUUCCCAGUGAGAAUUGUCUCGUCGUUACAGAGACAGAAAUGGAAACAACAUUUCCACUCUGCCUCUGAAUUUUAAGUAACAGCAAAUGCCAUAGCAACAAAUAAACCCAUUCAAAAACAUUAUGAAAUGAUGUGCUCUGCUAUAAGGACAGGGAUCAGAGUUGCGGCUUUUGGGGGCGAAGUUGGACUCUAUUUAAGUGAUUUAAUGUGUUUGUAUUUUCAGUGUAAAUGCUUGUUUUACAGUUCAGUAAUUGAGU